CCCCCUACUUUUUUUCCCGCUUAGUUACGCCCGAACCGUCCGCGGUCACACGACCCAGCCUGUGUGUUCCCCUCACACCUGACCGGUCGGAAACAGGAAGCCGGAGGAGCAUCCAGCAGCCACAGGAUGCGGAACCCAGGGAGCGCUGUGAAGGGAUGCUGGGGGGCGAUAAAUUGAGUUGCGCUACGGGGCCCGCACAUGGAGGAGCAACACAGAGUGUGUGCUAUGGGUGGGACAGUUUGACUCUUCAACAUGGAGAAGAAACCGGUCUCAAAACGCUUAUACGUUGGAGGGCUUGGCCAUACGGUUUCUAAGGCUGAACUGCAAGAAAGAUUUGGCGAGUUUGGGGAUGUUUUGGAUGCAGAGAUUAUUACCAGAAAAGAUGAUCAAGGGAACCCUAUGAAAACUUUUGCUUACAUCAGUGUCAGCAUUUCUGAUGCAGAUCUUAGAAAGUGCAUGUCAGUUUUAAAUAAAUCUAAAUGGAAAGGAGGGACACUGCAAAUUGAGUUGGCCAAAGAAAGUUUUUUGCACAGGCUCACCGUGGAGAGGGAGGAGGCAAAGCUGCAGAAAGAAAAGCCACCAAGAAAUGACAAAACAUGUCUGUUAGACUCACUGAAAAAAGCUGGAGUUGUAGACUUUCACAUGAAAGCAGUACCAGGUACAGAGGUGCCAGACCAUAAGAAAUGGAUUGUUGGUAAAUUCGGUCGAGUCUUGCCUGUCCUGCACCUUAGGAGUCAACAAAAAAAUAAAAUUGUGAAGUACGACCCAUCGAAAUACUGCCAUAACCUUAGGAAGCUGGAGCAAGACUUGACAGAUGUGGUUCCUAUAUCCAAGCUUACUUGGCACUUGGAAGGGAGAGAUGACAGCAUAAACAAGAAGCGGCAAGGAGAGCUCCCUGUAACUGAGAAGCCACCUAAAAAACUGCGGCAGCUGGGCAGCGAGGCUCUGAAUGGAGCAGUCGUUCUCCCUUCUGGGUGCCAGUCACCUUCAGAAAACACAAGCUCAUCACAGCUAGAUCAAAGAUCAAAAUCCAAAUCCAGUGGGAAGUCUAAAAUGCUUCCAUCAAGCAGUCUUAAUAGCAAAGUGUCAGGGAAAGGUUUAUUAUCAGAUAAAAGCAGUGUUUCUGGAGUUAUAGCUCAAAAUAAUACGAGUGUUUCUGAUAGUGACAUUGAUUCUGAAGAGGAAAUCAGAGCAAUGGUAAAGAAAGAGAGAGAAAUGCAGAAAGGUGAAAGUGUUGAGACUGAAAGCGACCACUUGGAAAUUGUUGGGGAUGAUUUUGAAUUAAAAUACAACAGUCACUGGUCCUUAAGCAAUCCAAAUGCCAUAAAGAAAACUAUCAAAGGAAGUUACAAAGAUAAAGAGACAAUGGAAUGUGAUAAUGGUUAUGAUUCAGCAGAUACAGAUGAAAUCAUUGCUGACAGUAAAACUCCAGAUCUAAAUAGCAAGAAAACUGCAAUUUUAGAAGAUUCUAAACAGGUGAAGGUAGAAAAUAAACAAAUACUGACUAACAAAAAAUGUGAUUUGGUAAAAGACUCCUUACUGAAGACUCGCAAUUUGAAAGAAGGAAAAGGGAAAAUUAAAAAAUCCAAAAUUGCUGCUUUGCAAAGUAAAGCAGUUAACGGUACAACAAAGACAAAGGAUAGUGAAAGCUCUUGUUCCGAGUCUGAGGAAGAGGAGUCUGAAAGCAGUUCUGAUUAUGAAUCCAUGAUGCAAAACUGCUAUCGCUUAGACCUUACAUUAGAUGACUUAAAAGUGUUAGCUACUGAAAACACUGGGGCGCCAGCAGAAGAAUCGGACAGUGCACAGAGUUCUAGUCAGCACAGUGUUGAAGAAAAUUCUAAAGGUAAUGUUGUAAAUAAACCAAAACUUUCUAAACUUCACUCCGGAGUAAAAAAAAAAUGUAUCUGUCCUGAAGAUAUAGUUGCUGCAAUUUUAGCAGGGGAGGAGAAUGCUGAUGAAGAAAGCUCCAAGGGACAAAAUAAUUCGUGUUUGAAAUAUCAGCCCUUCAAAGGAAUAGGGUCCCUUUGUGAAAAAGAGUUACCUAAGUACAGCACUGGGUUAAAGAAGACAGCUGGAGAGAGUUUAAGUCUUGAAGCUUGUAUCUCUUAUGGUGGGGAGAAGUCAUCUAAAAGGCAGCCUAAGAACCAUCCAUUGUCUUCACUCGAAGACAGCAGUAAAAAGAGACAAAAUAUGUGUUGCAAAGAGCACAGGGAAUUGUUGUCAGAGGCUGCCUCCUUGGCAGGUGAGAGGAAUGAGCCUGUUUCCCAGCCGCGUUUGCAAGGAAAGAGCAAAAAUGUGAAAUCUUUGCAAGAAGAGCAAAAUUCAGAGCGUGGAGCUGUUCCCAGUACUGAUGAGAGUGAAGAUGAGAGCAGCAAUGUGGAUAAUAACGUUGCAGUGUCACAGAAACAUGUUAAACAGCAACUGAAAAGCUCAAAAAUACUUUCGAAAAAAUUGAAGAGGGAUGUGAGCAAUGAAAAUCCAGAAUGUGGAACUAAUAAAUAUGAGAAUGGGAAGACAAAGCUUUUGGAAAAUAAGGAAUUUUGUCUUCGUGCUACUGCUUCAGAGGAACCUAAUACAAAAAAGAGACAGUUGCAGGAUAAUGAGAGGCGGCUGGCAGCUCUAGAAGAGAGACAGAAAGAGAGAGAAUUACAGAAGAAACUCAUUCAAGGAGCUCUUUCAAAUCUGGACAGCCAGCCAGCAGGAAAGCAUAAACACGUCAUAUUCAAUUCAGAUGUGGAAAGUGAAGCUGAAGUAGAUGAGAUGUUGAAGAAAGAUGCGAGUUUGGGAAAUAUGCAUGAAGAAGAUGAAUCUGCUCAUAAAGCUUCAGGCAAACUGUUUGAAAGCAGUGAGGAUGAGCAAGAUGAUACAGACGAUGAGAGAUUCCAAAUUAAGCCCCAGUUUGAAGGCAAAGCUGGUCAAAAACUCUUGAGAUUGCAGUCACGGUUUGGCACAGACGAAAGAUUUCGCAUGGAUGCUCGAUUCCUGGAAAGUGACAGUGAAGAGGAAGCAGAGACAAACAUCUCGAAGGCAGAUGAGGAAGAAGAGCUUGCUGCGGAGAAAAAGAAAAACUUGCAAAUCCUGGGAAGCCUUUUGAAUAUUGACCUGGAACAACCUAAGACAACUAAAGCAGCCACAAGUGCUAAGAAAUUCAAAGAUAUAAAUGCCCUCCGCUAUGAUCCCACAAGACAGGACCACGCAGUUUUUGAAAAGAAACCAAGUGCUCCAGAAAAAGAGAGUAAAGCUAAAAGGAAGAAGAAGAGGGAAGAGAACGAGAAACCGCCUGAAGUGUCUAAAGAAACUUAUUAUAAUAUUUCUGCUGAUUUAAAAGAGUUGUUUGGUUCUUCAAAGAGCAAAUCAGAAAAAAAUGAAGAAAUACCCUGGGACAAAGACGAGGCGGAGGACUCCAACCCACCUGACCAUGUUGGGAGUAAUGCAGCACAGGAGUCUGAUGGUUUCAAGUUUUGCUUCUUUAAAGACACAGAGGAGUCGGGCGUAAAAGAAGAGCCCUAUGUACUUGAAACAAUAAAACCUGUGAAAGUCCCAUGGCAAGAAGAUCCACGUUUCCAAGACAGCAGUUCUGAGGGUGAUGAUGAUGAACCAGAGGCACCAGAAAAUGAAGGGGACAAAGAAAUGUUUUUCCCUUUACCACAAACAGAAAGUACAAGAUUUUUCUUCUUCUCCAAAGAUGAUGAGCGACUAAGAGAGGGCCCUAAAUUAUUUUGUAGAUCAGUAGACCUCAGCGAAGAAAAAGAUGGUUGGGAAGACAGACGUAGAUUAUUGCUUGAGGAAUGCCGGAAGAAGCAUAAGGAUGCAAGAAGGAAAGUGAAAGCAAAACAAUAAAUCUUCCUUGUUUACUGGUCAGAAACGUUUUAUAUUUCUUCUUUGAAGAAGUUGCAGAAAAAUGCUACUUGGAAAAUUCUACUUUCUCAAAGGUCUAAUAGGAAAUAAUAUUGGGGAAGACUGUUCAACUUUGUUUCUAAAUAGGAACAUGUUUAUUGUGUCAAUUCAGUCUUUGUACCAAGGUUUGAUUUUUUUUUUUUUUUUAAUAUAUUUUUUUUCCCCCCUAUAUGGUUUACUUGUGACUUAAUGCUUUGCAAGAUUUUUGAGAAUUUGAUCAAGACAGCACAGGGUUCUUGUGCUGUGUUCCCAGGCCCCAGUGCUGAACAGGAUUGAGAACAAGCAGCAGCUCCAUGUCUGUAGGACAAUAUAACCUGAAUCCUGCCAAAUGUGACAGAAAUCCUGUUUGAGCUUCCUUUAUGAAUAUUUCCAGACUAGAAGUUUACCAGAAGUUUAUGAAAAUACAUAUGGAACAAGGAAGACUUAUGAAAUGGAUAAUUUGUAUUUCUUCACAGAGAUAAUUUUUCCACUUUUUAAUUGAGUAAUGUACAUUAAUGAAUAUUAAGGACGAA